UAGUCUAAACAAUUAUCGGGGCAGGAGGGAAGGAUUGUUGUCAGCCCUGUAUUUUUUUGUUUAGUUGAUAAAAAUGCCAAUGGUCAUAUCAUUCAGUUAGUCACAUCGUGAUUACCUGUGGACAUCUUCAUUUAUUUAAUUUACAAGGAAAACAUCUAACGGUAACCUGCUAAGGAUUCAUAAUGUCUGACCUAGAAGAUGACGAAUUAAGAAGACUGGACCCAGAUGAGUCGGAAGAUGAUGGAACUAAAGAUUUUGAUGAAGAUCAAGCGGAGGAAGAAGCCAAUUUUCAACAGUAUAAGGUCUCACCUUUGGCAGUGACACAAGACAUGAUUAAAGAAGGCCUUUCUUUGUUGUGUCGCACAGGGAAUGGUUUGUCACAUGCCUUUGUUAAGCUUGAAAUUGUAGAUAGGAACCUGACCGAUAUCAGUCUCCUUGAGUCCUUUGUGCACCUGCGUUUCAUAGACCUGUCCACCAACUACCUGUCGGAUCUCAAUCCUCUGUCCAAACUCACCCAGCUGCUUUGGCUUAAGGUGGAUGGGAACCAUGUGCAGGAGUUCAGAGGGCAGAGGCUGGAGCCACUCAUCUACCUGCAGUGGUUCAGUAUCGCCAAGAACCGCCUCCGAGGAGUAGAGGGGCUCAGUGGGCCUGCUCUAGAGACCCUCAAUCUCAUUGGUAAUAGUAUUCAGAGGAUGCAAGGUCUGCAGUGCAAUAAACUGACCAACCUGGUUACACUUGAGCUGAGAGGAAAUCGUUUGGAGACCACAGAGGACCUGUAUUUGCCCAAUCUUCGCCGACUUUACCUGGCCCAGAAUAUCAUCAAGCGUCUGGAGGGGCUCCACAAGCUGGAGCGUUUGACCAUCCUGCAUCUGCGAGACAACCAGCUGGAGACUCUGGAUGGAAUCAGCCCCAACAUGAAGUCUCUGCAGUACCUGAAUGUCAGGGGUAACCUAAUAUUUUCCCGGAGUGCCUUGCGUAGUCUAGUGGGUGUGGCAGACACAUUACGUGCACUGGUGUUGGCUGAGAACCCCAUCAUGGACACCGAGGAGUACAGGCUGUUUGUGCUGUCACAGCUCCCUCUACUGGAGAGACUGGAUAAGGAACCUGCCUCUGAGGAAGAGAAGGGUGAUGCACUGGAGAGACAAAAGGAAUUUCAAGAUGAAGAUGGUCAAGAGCCAAAAGAGUAGUAUCAACUACAGCAUCCAACCUACUCUACACUGUCUACAGUGCAUCCUUGACCCCUUCCCAUAUAGACAAGGAUGUUAGUGCGGGCCGUGAUUCUGUAAGCAUAACUACAUGUGUUUGUAAAAUGCUUGAACUGUGGUAUGUUGUAAGCGUACAUAACCUUGACAGAUUUUUAUGUACAGAUUUAUGUAGGCUCUGUACAUUGUUGCUUGUACAGAUCUACAAACUGUUCUUUAAUAAAAGUAUUU